AUGGACUAUCAUCUUAGCCCUGGCGGCUCAUCCCCGCCUAUAUAUGAUGACUACAGCCCAACCUCUCAAAACCGAUCUGAAAGAGAGCCAACCACUCCUGAUCAGAAAUUCAAGCGUCGAAGAUUGGAUUUUUCAGACUCUAGCAAUCACAGCUUCACUGAAGCAACCCGUGCAACAAAUGCUCCAGUUCCGACAGUCAGUCCUCGCCAAUACUCGACCACUUCCUACAUGGCUAACCCCAACCACUUUGGCCACUAUGUUGUGUCUCCCACUCCACCAAUUCAAUACUGGGACGAGGAAGCCGCAUUAGAGUAUCUGUCGUCUGGGAAUGGCUUCGUCCAAGACAUGCGACUUGCUGUUGGGCCACCUCCCCCCAUCCGAUAUCAAGUUCAACAUGGGCCUACCGCCACGGGUCAACCACUCUACCAGGCACCAUCAAGUCUCCCAAAUGGUGGUCCUCCACGACCUGUCCCCAACAUCACUCCGAUAACGAGUGGUCUACGUCCACUUGCUCUUGGAACAUUCCAGCAGAUGCCUGAUCCUGCGUUUCACACCCCCCCAUAUCACGUUCAUGUUCGCCCAGGUCCCGAUGCAGGCUCUUACACAUAUGACGCCCGUGAGAUGUCACGCCUUGUGAACUUGACGGCCAAUUUGCGUCCUCCACCACUACCAUAUCUUUCAAACGAGGCGCCCAAACCCAAAGCCAUUCCAAAUGCAAAUCAAAUUAAACUGAUCCUCAGCCGAGCGACCCAGGACAGCAUCGAUGCGUUGGUCGAGCACAAACGAGAGUGCCCUGCCUGCCAAUUGGACUUUGAACCUGACAACUUCAUGGCCAUUAUCAGCUGCUGUGAUACAGCAAUGCAUGCCACAUGCCUCUCUGCGUGGGUCAAUUCCCAAACCUACGCCAAAAGCAAAACAUGUAUGAAAUGCCGCCGAGCCAUUGAUGCGAGACGACCUCUGAACAGUGUUGUUCCUCCUGUAUCCGACCAGAACUGGGACGACGGUGCGGACCUCAAUGCCCCAGAAGCAGUCAAAGGCGAUCAUAAGAUUGAAGUCAUUGUGAGUGCUCGUCCAGAUCGAGUGCGUCGCCAUGUGAGAAACACGAUCCCGAGUCACGCAUAUUCAAGCCAUGGAUACACAAGUUCCAGACCUAGUUUCACUUCUGUGCAUCUACCAGAAAAUCUACCUGCCGAAACCAAACGCCUCAUCGCUCAAGUACAGCAAGACUCAGCAGCCGAAUUCGAAUCCAUGAGACGGCGACUCCGCAUGAUAAUGUCUCAGUCUAAUCGAGCUUCAGCAGAAGAGGAUCUAUCUAGAAGACAUCUUGCAGAAGCUCGGCAAUCUGCACCCGGAAAUCCGGCAGACAAUCUUGAUGCUUUGGUUCGAAAGUGCAGUGAACUGAGGGCAACUAAGGAGAAAUGUGUUCAGGAAACUCGUGCUUUACAAAAGACUCUCGAAAAUCUGCCAAGAUUCCAUGAACGAAGAGUGAUGGCACUUGUUGAAACCGCAAUGGGAAAUCUACCGCGUGAUACUGCUGCAAGCAUCCGAACCGCCCCUCACGAAGUUGAUGAAUCAGGCUCCAUUUCCACUUCAUCAUCGCAAUCAUCAUCGUCAGAGUAA